AUGGGAAAACGUUCCUCAGUACUUUCAAUAAAAAUUCCUGAAAACCGAUAUUUCUUUAAUCCAAUUUCUAUCGUAAUACCUAAAAACAUUUUACUUACCGGUUCUCCACUUUCUUCACCAACUAAAUCAGACGAGAUAUUUGAAAAAGAAUUGGAUAGAUCAAGGGAGGAGUUUAAUCAAUUUAAUAAAGAUUUAGAUGAGAUAGCAAAUUCAAUGGAAAAAUUAUAUGAAGACUCUCCUGAAUGGUUUACCACCAAUAUACAGGAAAUAAAAAAGAAACAAGACAAGAUUAUGGAAAAUGAGAUGAGCUUGGCAAAAUUAAAAACAUUUCAAGAUGAAGCUCACGAAGAUAUAAAUAAUGAUUUGAAGAAAAUUCAAGAUCAAAUAUACGAGCUUUUAGAAAAACAUCGUAUAGCUCGUUCAAACAUAUCCAAUCUUAGUGAUAAUCAAUCAAGAACAUCUGAACAAUUAGACAUUAUGUUACAAGCUAUACAUGAAUAUGCUCGAUUAAUAGAGGAAGCAAGCUUAACAAUCAAAACACAUUUUGAUGAUGUUGGAUCAACAAUAGAUUAUAAAUCAUAUGAAACAUUAGAUUUAUCACCGUUUCAACCACCACAAACACCAGAUGUAGCUUCUACCACACCAACAAGUGUAGGCGUUAAUUCACCUACAAAUCUCCCAACAACACAAGGUGGAGGAGGUUGCACGGGAGAUGAAGAAGAGAAUAAAAAUCAAGAAACAGAACAGGAAAAGGAUCAACAGCAGCCAAUUCAUCCAUUACCACGCUAUCAAAUUAAACAUCAAAAACUUUUGCUUAUGAGCAUGCGUAGAGCAGCUGUUGGGUUAAAAUUUUUGUUGUAUGCCAAUCAAUUGAAUGAUUACAAAAAUGGAUUUCCAGAUGGUGAAUGUGAUGUAGAUUUAGAUUUUAAUGAGGAUUCAUCUACCACUGAAGAAGUGGUAACAACUACUACUUAUCGAGAAGUUAUUCACGACAAAGAUACAACAAUAAAUACGAAUAACUGUAAUAAUAGCAGUAGCAGCAUUCCGGUGAAUGAAUAUGAAGACACCGAUUUACAACAUAUCGACAUCACAAAGUAG